AUGCAGUGCCUGGGCGCCGAGUACCGGGUUUCUGCAGAAGAAACGCCCAGGCCAAGAGAAUGGCGACCCCAGAUUUAUAGGAAGUGCACGGAUAAGAUGUGGUUGUUCCUGUUCUUUCUGUUUUGGGCUGGCUUGAUGUUCCUCACGGGGUACUCGGUGGUGGCUGGCGCCGCAGGAAGACUACUGUUCGGCUACGACAGCUUUGGCAACGUGUGUGGCAAGAAGAACUCCCCAGUGGAAGGGGCUCCUCUCUCAGGACAGGACAUGACCCUGAAAAAACACGUGUUCUUUAUGAAUUCAUGCACCCAGGCACUCAAAGAUGAGAAGCCCGGACCCACUGCCCUUUGCGUAUCCAGCUGUCCAGAAGAGCAACUCAACACCCUGGAAGAAGUCCAGCUCUUCGCCAACACCACUGGGUCCUUCCUCUGCAUCUACAGUUUGAAUCCCUACAACUACACCGAGAGUCCGAAUGCCCACUCAUUGUGCCCCAAGCUGCCAGUUCCACCAAGCAAGCCCUUUCCCUUGUUCAACCGGUGCAUCCCUCAAACACCUGAGUGCUAUUCCCUGUUCGCAUCUGUUCUGAUCAAUGAUGUCGACACCCUGCAGCAAAUUCUGAGUGGGAUCAUGUCGGGAAGAGACACCAUCCUCGGCCUUUGUAUCCUCUCAUUAGCCUUGUCUUUGGCCAUGAUGGUCACCUUCCGGUUCAUCACAACCCUUCUGGUUCAUAUUUUCAUCUCGUUGGUUAUUUUGGGAAUGUUGUUUGUCUGCGGCGUCUUGUGGUGGCUCUACUACGACUACACCAGCGGCCUCAGCAUAGAGCUCGACACGGAGAGGGAGAACAUGGAGUGUGUGUUGGGGUUCGCUAUUGUGUCCACUGUCCUCACGGCCGUGCUGCUCACCCUGAUUUUGGUGCUCAGGAAGAGAAUAGGGCUGACAGUUGAGAUUUUCCAAGUCACGCAUAAAGCCAUCCGCAGCACUCCGUUCCUGUUCUGGCAGCCACUGUGGACAUUUGCCAUCCUCAUGUUCUUCUGGGUCCUCUGGGUGGCUGUGCUGCUGAGCCUGGGAACUGCAGGGACUGCCCAGGUUACUGAAGGUGGCCGGGUGGACUACGAGCCCCUGGCAGGCAUCCGGCUCAUGUGGUGGUACCACCUGGUGGGCCUCCUCUGGACAAGUGAGUUCAUCCUGGCAUGCCAGCAGAUGACCAUCGCGGGAGCCGUGGUCACUUCUUACUUCAACAGAAACAAAAAUGAGCCUCCCGAUCAUCCGAUCCUCUCAUCUCUCUCCAUUCUUUUCUGCUACCACCAAGGGACAGUCGUCAAAGGGUCGUUUUUAAUCACUGCGCUAAGGAUUCCAAGAACCAUUGUCCUGUGCAUUUCCAACACGCUGAAAGAGAAGCAGCACAGCAUAUGUGCGAAGUGCAAGUUCAAAUGUGGCCACCGCUGUUUCCAGUACCUUGACAAACACCUGUGCCAGCUCAACCAGAAUGCAUAUACCACAACUGCCAUCAAUGGAACAGAUUUUUGUACAUCAGCAAAAGAUGCAUUCCAAAUCUUGUCUAAGAAUUCAAGUCAUUUGACAUCUAUUAACUGCUUUGGAAACUUCGUAAUUUUUCUAGGCAAGGUGUUGGUGGUGUGUUUCACCGUCUUUGGCGGGCUCAUGGCCUUCAACUAUGACCGUGCGCUGCAGGUGUGGGCAAUCCCUCUCUUAUUGGUGGCCUUUUUUGCCUACUUAGUGGCUCACAGUUUUUUAUCCGUGUUUGACACUGUGUUGGAUGCACUUUUCCUGUGUUUCACUGUUGACCUGGAGACAAAUGAUGGAUCGUCAGAGAAGCCCUACUUUAUGGACCAAGAUUUGUGGAACUUCGUGAAGAAGACCAAUGAGUUCAACAAUGUGAGGGCAGAGAGAGAUGAGAACUCAGUAAAGAACGAAGGAGGAACAGAACUCCGGCCGAUGGUGAACAGGUGCCAGGCAGAUGUGUGAGCUUGAAGAGAUGACCUCCUCCACAGAGCCAUUACAGACCACCAGGUCCAACAGACCCUAUUCCUCUGUUGUCUUUGUUGUUACUGUUGGCUUUCUUCCAACAGGACAGCCUUUUAUGGACCAAAUGGGAUGGAAACACUAAACCACCGGUGUGUGCAUCAAUUUAAAAAGCACAGUAUGUAAAAAAAAAUCUCAUGUUCUGAGGCAAAUAAUAAAUAAACCUUUGGUGUGAGAAGUUU